UCCGCUUCCCGGCCGGCGGGGCGGCCACGGGGCGGCGCGCGCGCCAUGGCGGUGGAGCUGGGUUUCGUGGAGGCGGCGCCGGCGUGGCGGCUGCGCAGCGAGCAGUUCCCCAGCAAGGUGGGCGGGCGGCCGGCGUGGCUGGGCGAGGCCGGGCUGCCCGGGCCCGCGGAGCUGGCGUGCGCGCGCUGCGGCCGCCCGCUGGCCUUCCUGCUGCAGCUGUACGCGCCCCUGCCCGGCCGCGCGGACGCCUUCCACCGCGGCCUGUUCCUCUUCUGCUGCCGCGCGCCGCCCUGCUGCGCGGGCCUGCGCGUUUUUAGAAAUCAGCUACCCCGGGAAAAUGACUUUUACUCACAUGAGCCACCUGCUGAGGAACCCCCGCCAGAGACGGGAGAGCCCGUACGCCUCCAGCUCCUGUCCGGGCCGCGGCUCUGCAGGGUGUGCGGCUGCUUGGGCCCUAAGACCUGCUCCGGAUGCCACCGCGCGCACUACUGCAGCAGGGACCACCAGACCCUGGACUGGAGAGCCGGGCACAGGCAGGCCUGUGGACAGGCAGAGAAUUCGGACAAUACAGUUCCAGACCACAACUUCCUUUUUCCUGAAUUUGAAAUCGUCAUAGAAACAGAAGAUGAGAUUACACCUGAAGUUUUGGAGAGGGAAGAUGAGUCAGAGGUUACAGGGAGCAUGGGUCAUGCCGCAGCUGCUCAACCACCUCGAGGCCGACAGGCUGGGCAGGAGCGUGGACUGGGGCGUCCUGGCCGUCUUCACCUGCGCGGACAGCUGCGGCCUGGGCGCGGGCUACGCGGAGGAGUUUGUGUGGGCGCAGGACGUGUCGGCUGCGGGGUGCCCGUGACCUCGGGACCCUGCCGUCCACCCUCGGGACUGCCUCCCAAGGGAGUGUCGUGAGGGGGCAGUGGGAAGGUGUUUCAGGGACUGUCGACCGUGUGUGCGCGUCAGUGUGACGGGAAAACGUCCAGUGAUGGGGACGACCCGAGGUUCCGACGGGUCAGCCCCGGGGCGGGGGGCUGUGCGGCUUUGCUGACGUGGCCCUGGGUGCACGGCCACAAGGUGCGGGUCUGCACGGGCACCUCCAACCAAGGCGCCGUCACAGAUGGCGUUCCUGGUAGGGCUGUGUGGUUAAGAAAAUGCCUGUACGUGUGUGUGCACGGAAGUAAAUCUGGAAAGGUGCACACUAGGUGUGAAGGUUACCAGGACGGUGCACUGUGUGAAGUGAACUGUUGACUUGUAUGUAUUUUUCCUCAAUAAAAAUGGAUUAUAUGCCCACUUCAGUCAAAACAUCACUCAGAACAUUUCCCCCUGGAAUUUAUA